AUGUCCCGAAUCAUCAUCUACGAUGCCUCCAUCCUAACGUUGGAUGAUGAUGACACCUUCUAUUACCCGGGGACAGUUGAGGUAGAGGGCGAUCGUAUAGCGAAGAUCUAUGCCGGUAACCCUAAUCCAAGCGUAUUCGACGACCCGUCCGUUACAGUUCUCGAUGGCACGGAUAAGCUUGUUAUGCCAGGUUUGGUAGACCUGCACUUCCAUACCUCCAUUGCAAAGCAGGGAUUCGGGGACCAGUUGCCUCUCAGAGAAUACUUUGAUCAGGUAUGGUAUCCUGCUGUGCGUGCACUAAAUCCUGAGAGAGCGUAUAUAACUGCUUUACACUCAUACUACACUGCCAUCAAGUCGGGAACCACCACGGCUAAUGAUAUGUAUCGGUAUUUGGGAUCUCUGGCUCGAGCUGCGAGUAAGAUUGGAAUACGUGCCGUUCUCAGUAACGAGGUUGCACUGCCAGAGCAUAAGCUUGAUCUGAUCGAGGACAACGAAAUAAUGGCCGAGAUUCAGGCCGGAUCAACGUCUGGAUGGGCCAUAAAUGGAUGUGUACCUCGAAUAUCGAGUAGAUGGCCCGGGUUGGUGAAAUGA